ACCUUGCCUGACCUUGGGCAGGCCCCUGUCUUGUUUUGCUCAGCCAUCCGGGGAGAGUGUUGGACCAGAUACCCUCCCAGGGUGCGUCCAAGCCUGCAGGACUGUGGCUGAGGCUCGGGGCUGACGUCUGAGUAUUGGAAAAGGGGCUUGGUGGGGUGACGUGGCAGGCGGUGUCUAGGAAUUCCCAGUGCACCCCCGUUCUGUCCCCAGAGUGGAGACAACUUGAGAUAACACACUCUGUGUGAACGGGGCCACUUUCAAGGCCUCGCAGAGCCCUGGAGUGAAUCCUCAGGAGACCCUGGCUCUCUGCUGGUUUGUUAGCUGUGUGACCUUGAGCAAGUUACUUUACAUCUCUGAGCUUCAGUUACUCAGUUGUCAAAAUGAAACGAUAGUAGUGGUGGGAUUUGAGGGUUGAUGUGAGGAUUAAACAAGAAACACGUGAACUGCGUGGUCCCGUGCUGAGCCUGAGUCCCCGGUCAGAGGAAGCAGCUGCAAGAAUACAGACAAAGGCCUGCCGGGAGCAGGGAGCAGGCAGCCCUGAGGGGCAGGGAGAGCUCUGUGGACUCGCGUGCGAGCUCCCGACGGUUUCUGGAGCUUCCCAAAGAACAGGGGGCAGCCCGGCCUCCGCCCCCCUCUGUCGCGUCUCCCCAACGGUGCCGUCGUUCUGCAGCAGAAGCUUCACAGCUGUCCCCUCCGCCACCAUGAGGAGCAUCUUCAAGAGGAACCAGGAGCCCAUUGUGGCUCCUGCCACCACCACCGCCACAAUGCCAGUCGGGCCCGUGGACAACUCCACCGAGAGUGGGGGUGCUGGGGAGAGCAAGAGCGACGUGUUUGCCCAGAUGAAGGAGAAGUUCUUCAAUGAGAUGAACAAGAUCCCCUUACCGCCCUGGGCACUGAUUGCCAUCGCCGUGGUCGCUGGCCUCCUGCUCCUCACCUGCUGCUUCUGCAUCUGCAAGAAGUGCUGCUGCAAGAAGAAGAAGAACAAGAAGGAGAAGGGCAAGGGCAUGAAGAACGCCAUGAACAUGAAGGACAUGCGAGGCGGCCAGCCCCCGCAGGACGAUGAUGACGCAGAGACGGGCCUGACGGAGGGAGAAGGGGAAGGAGAGGAGGAGAAGGAGCCGGAGAACCUGGGCAAGCUGCAGUUCUCCCUGGACUACGACUUCCAGGCCAACCAGCUCACCGUCGGUGUCCUGCAGGCUGCGGAAUUGCCCGCCCUGGACAUGGGGGGCACCUCAGACCCUUACGUCAAAGUCUUCCUCCUUCCAGACAAGAAGAAGAAAUAUGAGACCAAAGUCCACCGGAAAACCCUGAACCCUGCCUUCAAUGAAACCUUCACCUUCAAGGUGCCGUACCAGGAGCUGGGGGGCAAAACCCUGGUGAUGGCCAUCUACGACUUUGACCGCUUCUCCAAACACGACAUCAUCGGGGAGGUGAAGGUGCCCAUGAACACGGUGGACCUGGGCCAGCCCAUCGAGGAGUGGAGGGACCUGCAGGGCGGGGAGAAGGAGGAGCCGGAGAAGCUGGGCGACAUCUGCACCUCCCUGCGCUACGUGCCCACGGCCGGGAAGCUCACCGUCUGCAUCCUGGAGGCCAAGAACCUCAAGAAGAUGGACGUGGGCGGCCUUUCAGACCCCUACGUGAAGAUCCACCUGAUGCAGAACGGCAAGAGGCUCAAGAAGAAGAAGACGACGGUGAAGAAGAAGACCCUGAACCCGUACUUCAAUGAGUCCUUCAGCUUUGAGAUCCCCUUUGAGCAGAUCCAGAAGGUCCAGGUGGUGGUCACCGUGCUGGACUAUGACAAGCUGGGCAAGAACGAAGCCAUUGGCAAGAUCUUUGUGGGCAGCAACGCCACGGGCACAGAGCUGCGGCACUGGUCCGACAUGCUGGCCAACCCCCGGAGGCCCAUCGCCCAGUGGCACUCCCUCAAGCCUGAGGAGGAGGUGGACGCGCUUCUGGGCAAGAACAAGUAGGCAGGACACCGGCACAGACACGGACGAGAUCAGAGCUAUCAAUACCUCAGUUGUGCAACCGUAGAGGUUUCCUUUCUCAUUUGUUGUGGUUGUUCCUUGUUUUUCCUUCCUUUUUCUCUUUUUAAAGACAAACUUCCCUUUGAUGGCUGUGUGAGGAGAGUCCCCUAAGAGGUGAAAGAGAAGCCUGGCUCUUGUCAUCGCCACGGGAGCUGUCCUUGCUGCAUGCCCCAUCAGGUUCCCCUCGUCCUUUUGAAGCUUCACUGAAGCCUCACCCUGAGUGAAGCCCUCUUUUGGCAGAAAGUCACAGCACUUCCUGUGCUUUGAAUGUUCUGGACCAACAAAAUGGCAGCACUUCCUGUUUCCUGGCAGGAAGGGCGACACAGUGGCCAGUGAUCCGCAUGCAUGUGUGUUUGUGUGUGUGUGUGUGUGUGUGUGUGUGAGCAUCUCUCUGCACCCCUGGAAUGAGCCAAGGACAGAGAAGUUGUGUCCCCAAAGAGAAGGCUCUUCGGGGGCCCUGACAUGAAGAGAAGGCCACUGUCGGAGUGGGAGAUCUUCUGUCAACUUGUGGAGAGAGCUGAGUCCUGCUCAGAUGCCAGGAGCUCCUGUGCUCCUCAUGGGGGCUAUUUGGGAGGCAAGAUGUGGUGCCUGGAUUUGUCCAGAACUAGGACCAAACCCCUGAUGCCACCAUAGACGUCCUCCUUUCAGUCAUGGUUUCCCCACAAGUAUGGCUCCAGGACAUUUGUGGAUGUGAACUAGUCACUAGGUUGGUCAGACUUUAACAGGAACUGUCAGUCCUGGGACCUCCCUCUUGUUGACAGUUAAAUCAAACUAUGAAGAAACAGAAGACCCCACCACCCAGAAAGACCAAAAUGAAUCUGCUGGGUCUUCGCCCCUUCCAGUGGGAAACACAGACGCUUUCUCCCUUUCCAGAAUGUAAGCAUUUCUUUCCCAUCGUGCUUUCGCUUCUGUUUCCUCUUUUAAUCUAAGUGGAUCAACGCUGUCUGAAGACACGUUAUCUGUACAGAGCCAGAGAACUUUAGAAGGAAGGUUUAAAUGUUCUUAGUUCUCCUGAGGUCCAGGUAAGAAGGGGGAGGACGCGGCCAGAUGGCAGAGACUUCCUGGGUGAGCUAGAGGGGAGCCCUGAGAUCCGCAGCUCCCGCUCCUCUGCCCUCCAUGCCAGCUGGAAGGAGGCCCCACCCCAGCACUCUGUAGGAGGCCUCCCUCUCUGAAUCCCAAGAAGCAGGGCAUCCGUUCCAAACGGGUGACGGAGGACGCCUGCUGGGCUUUCUACCCUGUGCUCAGUUGUGUCCCAUUCCCUGUUCACCUUUCAGCCCCAGCAUUGAUAAAAAGCCAUAUAUGUGUUAGUCAAGUUUGCACUGAGUCCCCCUCCAAACCUUCAGCCUGGGCAAGAGAGUCAGCCCCACAUGGUCAGAGGCCAGCCCCUCUUCCUGUGGCCCGUUCCUCCCGUUCCUGCAUCCCGUCCUUCAGCCUCUCUCUUCCAUCCUUGGAGCCCUCAGCCCCCUGCCAUUUCUUCACCUCGGAAUUCUCACGGCUUCCCGAGAAGCCUGGAGAUCUCUCCCUUUCCCAGCAAAAAUGGUGGCACUUCCUGUCCUGCCCCAUCUGGGCCACCUCAGCUUCCUGUAGGCACCUGACACAGAGGGACAGUGUUGGAGAGAAUCAGGCUUUGAGGAUCCAGCAUGGAGAAGGUGCACAGUGUGUUUUUAUUUCACUAAAAGAAAGGAGAUGGGUUUUUUGUGUUUGCUUUGCCAUGUUUUUUGGCUGGAGUGGCGGUGAGGGAGCCCCUCUGCUAGACACAGACUGGGAGGCAGGGCCCAGCCUGGCUCCUCUCUCAGAGACCCUUCUCCUUCUUGCUGGUGGCCCUGGGCUCCGGAGAAGCUAUUUUCUGUGGACACUGUGUGUGUGUGUGUAUUUGAUGGUGAGAAGGUAGGGCUCUGACAAGGACCAUGUGCUUUGCUCCCUGGGACCAGAGCUGUGGUCAUGGGGGAGGUUGUAGGACAAUAGGGUGCCUUCAGAAUCUGGGUGACUACAGAGUAGGACAUCCUGGUAUGGAUGUCAGAAGUCACUGGACUCUUCUCCCAUCCCCAGAGCUGUGGGAUUUUGGUGCUUUCUCAGGUUCUCUCUCCCCACACUCAUUCUCCUCACCAUACCCCACACCCCUUGUUCAUAGACCCUCCCUGUCAGUCUCACCCCCUCCAGCUUCAUUCUUUUGCCCUUUCCCAAUCCACCUAUCACCCGGGGUUCUUCUCUGCCCGUGAACCUCGUUCGGCCCGUCUGGAGCCCAGGAUUUGCCACUCUUCUGACAGGAAGGAAAGGAAAUGGUAGGCACCUCUGGUGGUUGGAUGUCCACAUGCCUGGAGACAGGAGCUGGAUUCUGUUACUCUGGGCCCCCCUCUGGUGAGCAGUCUUGAGGGUGGGGACAGGUUGGGAGGAACUGAGUGUUGGCACUAGUAUAGAGCCAGGGAGAUACCUGAGUGUGAGGAGGUUCUGGCUGGUCCUGGGAUGGGACCUUGGCCCAGAUGAGCCACGCUAGCAGAAGGCAUCCAUCCAGGUCCACGAGCUAGGCAAGGCCACACUUAUGCUUGGAUGUUUCCUCCACCUGAGGGCUGAUUUACCCAAACCACUGAGCAUCCCGUGAACCCUCACUGCCAUGCAGGUUGGGGUGCUGGGGUGUAGGCCCUGAGAAGGAUAGUUAGGGUCUGGCUAGUGAGGGGCUCUGGAGGCCUCUGGGGCUGUGAGUUCUCACUCUCAAAGUCUAUUCCAGAGAGAGGAAGGUGGUAUAGACGUGACUUUUUACAAAGAGACUGAGGCUAUGAAAACCCAAACGAAUCCCACCGAGAAAUGGGGGGUGAGACCAGGAAGCUGCCUUCUCCUUGCUCCUUGAAUGACUGUUCCAGAAGGGAAACCGACUGCCAGAGCCACAGGCGGGUUCUUGGACUGUGGAAGUGGAAGCUGAGGCUGGGGCAGGCUGUGGAAAGAGCACUGGGGCAGCCGGGACAGUGUAUGAGUGGACCCUCAGCUGGGGAUGGGGCCACAGGGAUGAGACCUCAGUCUCAGGCCCUGGCCAUGUCCUCCCGGGAACCACACGUAGCUUGUGUUUCUGCAGACGCAGUUUGGGCUGAUUUGCUGGCCCAGGGCUCCAGCGAGAGAGAAGACAAGUAAAACCCGCUGUGGACCUGCCUCCGUGAGGGGGCGUGUGCAAUGAGCAGAGGGGUUGAGAAGCCCCCCAUGGUCGGGAGUGAGCGAGCUCAUGUCCCUUGAUGUCCUCACCCACCCUUAGAGACAGACAUAGUCGCUGCCCGGAAAGGGAGGAAGAGAUUGAGCCAGGAGCUGCCCUCCGACCCUCUGUGCUGUCCCCACUUCAGCCUCAGGCUGGGGGCCUUUUCUCAGGGCCCUGGGUGGUGGCAGAUGGGGGCGAGACCCAAGACCUGAUCUUGGUGGCCCAGAGCCCCAUGUCAUGGCUGCCAGAUUGACAAAUAGGAAUGCGGGAUGCCAGUGAAAUCUGAAUUUCAGAUAAACAGCACAUAAUUUUAAAGAAUAGUGAGUCCCAGGCGACGUGUGGGACAUUCUGUACUAAAAGGACUGUUGUUUACCUGAAAUUCAAGUGGAACCGACCAUCCUGGGUUUCCUCUGGCAAGCCUGUCCUACCGGCCACUUCUGCCUACUCCCCCUCAGUCGCAGGGGGCCGGAGACGGGACACCAGGAUUUUACUUAACCUGUUUUUUGGGCUGCAAUAUCGAGGAGGGGACACUGUGACUUGAAGACACAUGAAGAUACUUUAUUUUUUAAGCAACAAAAAAACAAGAACCUUCUGAAGCCAUUUGAGCCUCAUCCGACCCCUCCCUGUGUGUUUAGUUAUAGACAAGUGAAGGCAGUUCUCUAUAAACACACGAACCCGAUCGUGCUGACUCGAGAUGCAUGUCUCUAACUUCUGUAAAUAGCCGCAUGGCAAUGCUCAGAGUGCCCUACUCCCCAGCCCCAAACCCAUUUUACACAACUCUUGAGGCUGCUCCUUCGAUUUUUUGUCGUGUAAAGUCUUUGUCCCUCAGCCCCACCCCAGCCUCACCCCAUCGGGACCCACCGUGGGAGCCCUUGGCUGAGGGGAGUGGGUUUCCGGCUCGGACGCCAGCCCUGCCGUUGGGGAUGCUUGAGGACCGCUGGCGCCCUGAAGGCCAGUCCCCAUCUUCUGCCGUCCGUCCGUCUGCAGAGUCGACCUUCGGUGCACCGCGCGGUGUCCAGCCUGGCGUCUGGUGUCCCGGUAGCUUCUGUGUCCUGUGUGUGUGUGUGGUGUGCCCCUUCCUCACACUGUUUGAAUUAACUGAAAAGCCAUAAAGGGGCCUCCUGCUGGAGAUGGCCCUCGGGUCCUGCCAGGAUCCCCCACUCCCUCUGACUGGCUCCCCACAGAACACUCGUGAAGGGCUCACCUGUCACCUCUCCUGCUCCCUCAGCCCCAUGUCCUGAGGACGGUGGCGUCCAGGGCUUCUGGUGGGGCCUCAGGAGAUGUCCCCGGCUGGCCCUGCCCAAGUGGGCUCCCUCCACAACUCCUUCUCCAGCCUCUGUGGACGGGGCGAUGGUGGGGCCCCCACCUUCAGAGACCUUUCCUGGGGGCCCUGUGGAAGUGACCCCGAUUUUCAGGAGCAGCCAGGCGCAGCUCAGCCUGUGGCCAGGCCCUUUCCCCCCUGGGGCUGACAGAACAGCUCGCUGACCUAACACUAUGGGGCCAGGGAUUGUGGGUGGCAGUGGGGGCUCCUGGGGGAGCUGGGGGCACGGUGGGUGGAGCUCUCCCUGCAGCGUCAUCCUGCAGUCUGACAGAGAGCACCCCAAGGGCGGGUGGGGGCUGCUUGGCUCCUCCAAGGGCGGGGGUCAGGAGCCUCAGGGCAGAGACACCCGCAGGCCCUCCUGUGGCUCCCAGAGCAGCCCCAGUGAGGCACGGCCCGCCGUGGUCGAGAGGUGGGGAGGGGGUAGCUGGGGCUCCCAAGGUCCCAAGUCAUCGUAUGGAACCAACAGGGAAGAGCAGCUCCCAGCCCGCAGCCGCUGGCAGCCGAGUGGGAACGACCCAGGAGGCCUCGGGCACGGCAAGGGUGGUGAGCACGAGGAAGGAGGGACGCGAGGGCAGGGUGUGCCCGACAGGCCGAGCGGCGAGGUGGGCUCUGCCCUUAUGAGCCGCGACGCAGGAGCACAUGGAAGCCCCAGUGAUCUUUGUGCCGCGCCGCAGAAGGGGGAGGCAGAGGGACCGGCGCGCGGGCUGGCAUCAGGUGCUUACAGGGCUGGGAGAUGCUGUCCUCCCUCCAGCUCUCUGGGACCCCCCCGUCCACACCCCCGGCAGAGACAGCCACGAGGCGAGAGCUGCGGUCCUGGCUGGUGAGCACGGAGCAGGUGCCGGGCUGGGGUGCUCCAUCCGCCCUCCUCACCGUCAGGGCUCCUCCCGUCUGAGGCCUGGACUUGCUGCUUUCUGGAAUCCCUGAGAUCUGAAAUCUUCAAAGCCAGGUCACCCCCGGUUGCACGCCCCACCAGGAGCCCUGCCUCUGUCUUCGUGGGAAGGACACACGUGCAGGCCUCCCUGCCCCGCCCCCUAUGCUUGGCAAUGCGCUCCCGCCCCUCAUGUGGACUCUGUUGCUCUUGUCUGAUGUCUUGUCGAAUUGUUAUUUUGUAAUGAGCUGCGUCUCCUUAUUAAAGAAAUGAGCUGAAAGAAAUC